AUGUCGGAUUCUAAUCGAGACGUCGUCAGGAGCUGCGAGGCCAAUCUGGAGGAAGCCAUCCGAAUCCAGGUGGAAGCUUAUCGCGACGGAGAUAUCUCCCUAGGAGACCAGAUGUCCCAGACGAUCGGUAUGCUGCUUGAGGCCAAAGCAGAGAGAGCUAGGGCGGUCAAAAGGACCAGCGGGUCGUCGGGCGGUAGUCUCGGCGUAAGCAGCGCAACGCCUGCAAAGAGCAGCAUCUACGAUGGCUGUACCUAUAGUCCCUCCCACCACUCCCUCUGCUGGUGGAACAUCCUCUACCCCGGCUUCUACAUCAACUCAGAAGACAGGAUCUGUUGCCCCUCCCAGAUUGAAAAAGAAGGCAGGAAAAGCCAAGCCUUUAUGAUACAAUAUCUUGUGGACGUGUCAGUCGUGGCUCCUGGAGUCACCAAGAUUUUGAUAGGGCCGGAGAUAGAUGCGGAAGGGUUUUGCAAGUCCUCUAAAUCUACCAGCAAAGUAUUAAAAGGGGUAUUGGAGCUGGAAAUGGCUAGUGUGAGGGAGUUUGCCAUUACUCAUAUAAGCAGUGGACUCAGAACUUUAGACGGGUCCUCGUUAAGCUGGAGUCCAACAGGCUUAUCUAGUCAUACACUCGAUGGUAUUGUAGUU